UUAACGAGUUUUUUCCCAUUAACCGGAAAACUCCUGCUUGUAAAUCGCUCAUAGGAAGGCCGGGAAGCAAACGCUCCGCAGUAACAGGGAGAAGCGGAAAAAUGGAAGUGCAGAUGGAGGCUGCAAUGGUGGAAGAUGCAGCAGCAGGCCCCCAAGGCAAGACAGAGAAGUCGGCGUACGAACAGCUGCAACAUAGUAGGACUUCAAUCGAGGAUAUUGUGGCCGAGAUGCUCUCCAUAAAGAAGGAGGGCAAACCUAAGUCCGAGCUGAGAGAGCUCGUCACUCAGAUGUUCAUUCAUUUCGUUAUUCUCCGGCAGACAAAUCGAUCUAUCUUGCUCGAAGAAGACCAUGUAAAAGCAGAAACAGAACGCGCAAAGGCACCAGUGGACUUUACAACCCUGCAGCUUCACAAUUUGAUGUAUGAGAAAAAUCACUAUGUGAAAGCAAUAAAGGCUUGCAAAGAUUUCAAGUCAAAGUAUCCUGACAUUGAACUUGUGCCCGAGGAGGAAUAUUUCAGAGAUGCCCCUGAAGAGAUUAAAGGUACCAAUCUGUCCAGUGAUAGUGCACAUGAUCUGAUGCUUAAGAGGCUCAACUAUGAGUUGUUUCAGCGCAAAGAACUAUGCAAGCUUCGCGAGAAACUAGAACAACACAAGAAAAGUUUGUUGGAGACCAUUGCAAAUCGAAAGAAGUUUCUGUCGAGUCUCCCCUCACACCUCAAGGCUCUUAAGAAGGCAUCCUUACCAGUGCAGCACCAAUUAGGUGUCUUGCAUACAAAGAAGCUAAAGCAGCAGCACUCAGCUGAGUUGCUUCCCCCUCCUCUCUAUGUGAUUUACUCACAGUUCUUGGCCCAAAAGGAAGCAUUUGGUGAAAGUAUUGAUCUGGAGGUAGUAGGAAGUGUGAAGGAUGCUCAUGCUUUUGCCCGCCAGCUAGCACAUAAGGACAUGGGCACUCCUUCCAAUAUAGAGAGUUCCAGAUUGGAGGAUGAUGCACCUGAUGAGGAGGAUGAUGGUCAAAGAAGGAGAAAGCGGCCAAAGAAGGUUCCGAGCAAGCAGGGUGUUGAUCAUGCUGGACUAUAUCAAGUUCAUCCACUUAAAAUCAUACUCCAUGUAUAUGAUGAUGAGGUUUCAGAUCCUAAGUUGGCCAAACUUAUCACACUGAAAUUUGAAUACGUAUUGAAGAUGAAUGCUGUGUGUGUUGGUAUUGAAGGUUCUCCUGAAGGACCUGAGAAUAGCAUCUUGUGCAACUUAUUUCCCAACGACACUGGCCUUGAGUUUCCCCACCAGGUAUCAGUAUUCAGUCGAAGUGCAGUCAUGUCAGCUAAGCUAUUUGUUGGUGACAAGCCUGCAUUUGAUGAGAGGAGAACUUCUCGACCUUAUAAAUGGGCUCAGCAUUUGGCAGGAAUUGACUUUUUGCCAGAGGUGUCACCAUUGCUCACAGAUUAUGAAACUCUACACAGUGAAACAUCUAAAAGCACUGCUGUAAUUUCUGGACUUUCGAAAUAUCGCCAGCAGAAUCGAGUGCAUACAGUAGUGCAGAGAAUUCGUUCUCGGAAAAAGGCUCAGAUGGCUCUUGUGGAACAACUUGAUUCACUUAUGAAGCUUAAAUGGCCCUCUCUGACCUGUGAAAGUGUUCCAUGGGCCUUGCACACCCCUUUGUGCAAUUUGCAUUGCUGGUCAUCUGUGGGCCCCCAACCUAAUGAGGUUUUAUCUUUGCCUGUUGCUGAAACAGAGCAAAUUCAGGAUCCUUUGGACAUUGAUAAUGGCCGGUUGGGUGCUUCAAAAGAAGAGGUGGAGAGUGCAAGGGAAGAUGGGGAGCUUAUAUCUUUAGUUCCAGCUGCUGCUGCUGUUAAUGAUGUUAAGCUCCCUCCAUCAAAAGGAUCUGAGCUUGAACAUUCCAGACACCUGGCCUUAAUUUCAAAGAUCAUGAUGCCUCCAGUCAGCAAGACUAAGUCACUCAGUUUCAGAAAAUAUGGUGAGGAUUCUGAUUUCAUGCUGGAUGUUGAGAGUGAUCAGGAUGAGCCUGUGCGGAGUGAGACAGAGAUAGGAAAUACAGCUGUUGGAUGUUAUGGGCUUGUUGAGAAGUCAUGGGUGGAUUAUGGGGUCAGGGAGUUCUGCCUUGUUUUAACUAGAAGAAUGGAAGCCAAGGAGAGAAAUGUGAUGUUAGAAGCCAAGAUCAGAAUCAGCAUGGAGUAUCCUCUGAGGCCACCUCUUUUUGCAUUGAAGCUUGCUGCUUUUUCUUCUGUAGAAAGCAAUUCAGAUGGCGAUGAUUCUAAGUGGUACAAUGAACUUCGUGCCAUGGAAGCAGAGGUCAACCUUCACAUUUUAAAGAUGCUUCCUGCUGAUCAAGAGAAGUAUAUCUUAGCUCAUCAAGUUUGUUGUCUCGCAAUGCUGUUUGACUUCUACAUGGAUGAUGCAUCUUCACCCCCUGAAAAUAGAAAGAGCACUUCCGUGGUUGAUGUUGGUUUAUGUAAGCCUGUUGGUGGUAGUCUUCUUGCUAGAUCUUUUAGGGGAAGAGAUCGCAGGAAGAUGCUCUCCUGGAAGGACAUAGAGUGCACUCCUGGCUAUCCUUACUAAGUAUUGGUUUUGUGGGUUGCAAAGGUGGUGAAUUUAGUGCUGGCACUCCCUGGGAAAGUUUUAACUUAAUUAGAAGGAUUUUAUUGGGUGCAAGAUGAUUGGGACACUGAUGUGACGAUGACUAACUGCCUGAAUGCUUGGAACGCAAUGCUACCGUUACGGCUCCGAAUCUAUGUAUUACAGACAUUGAGCUGAAGUUUUUAACAGUAGGACUUGUCACCUUGAUAUAUUCAAUUUGAGGAUAUGAAGUGUUCUACUCUCUCACUGCCGCUUGUUUUGGCCAUGAAUUUGAGGCCAUCAAAUGUUCCAAGCAUGGAACUCGCAUUGGAUGCUCUUACCUGGUGUGAUUAGUUCUUUUAGUGAAGAUUUUAGGGUGCUUAUCUUGAAUGCCAAGGAACUGUUAAACUGUCUUGGGAAAUCUCAUAAAAACAGGAAGUUUGCUGCCCUUUUAGUAGGAUCAUGCAUAUCAUCAAGUAUGGUAAAUGAAUUCGAGCCAAUGUUAUGCAUGUUGUAGGACUAAUUACUCUUAGUGUGUACUGUAAAAAUUUUGGGUAUCCAUUUCAAAUUUUGGGCGAUUCUAUCAAUCUAUGCUUGCAAAGCUAGGUUAGAAUUGUGAUAUGUUUCUAUGCAUACACGAACAUUAUUCUGAAUUGCAAAACAAUUACCAACAGUUGUAGCCUCA